AGAAAAGGAAUACAAAGAUCGUAUACGGAAUGAAACGCGCGUUUUACAUGAGCGUAUAAAUAGGAGCCAGACCUAAACCCUAAUUUCUGCAGUCCAUCUUUUCCUUCACGCUGUGCAGUUCUUCUGUCUUCUCUUCCGAUUUUCUAUAAGAAAAAAUGGGUCGAGUAGAUGCCGCUGGUUCCAAGGGGAAGAAGAAGGGAUCUACAACCUUCACCAUCGACUGCGCUAAGCCUGUAGAGGACAAGAUCAUGGACAUUGCUUCCCUCGAGAAGUUUCUUCAAGAGAGGAUUAAGGUUGGUGGUAAGGCCGGUGCCCUGGGUGAUGCUGUUACUGUUUCACGCGAGAAGAGCAAGAUCACAGUUACUUCUGAUAGUACCUUUUCUAAAAGGUAUCUCAAGUACUUGACCAAAAAGUACUUGAAGAAGCACAAUGUCCGGGAUUGGCUCCGUGUCAUUGCUUCUAACAAAGACAGAAAUGUUUAUGAAUUGCGAUACUUUAACAUCGCCGAGAAUGAAGGCGAAGAAGAAGAUUAAGUGUGUUCAUCUUUUAUUUAUUUUAGAACUGUUUUUAAACCCUUUACUUGUGAUAUCUUCUCUUUUGCUUGAGUAUUGUUUGAGACAUGUCGUUUUGGUUGCUUAAGUUGUAAUUUAACAAUUUUGUUUAAUUAAGACUUGUGAUGCCACUUUUGUUUGAUUGGAAA